AUGGAGUUCACAACGGAAGAUGAGAAAACGUUGAUAUCUACAAUGGAAACAAAGACGUUACUCUGGAACGUUCAGCAUCCCUGCUAUCACCGGAAGGAGCUAAAAGAAAAGGCGUAUGGAGAGGUAGCAGAGCGUCUCGGACGUAGCGUUACAGCAGUGAAAACAAAGUGGGGCAACCUUCGCUCUGCAUUCAGCAGGGAGCAGAGAAAAGUGAAGGAGUCGUGCAGGUCAGGUGCAGGGGCAGACGAUGUGUACAGACCAAAGUGGAUCCAUUACAAAAACCUACUCUUCCUCACCUCGGCAUGCAAAGAGAGACAAAGCGAGUCGAACCUGAUUCUUACACCAGAAGUUGAAGAUGCACAGUCCUCACAGAGCACAAUCACUUUUCCUGAAGAUGAAGGAGAGGGCACCAGCAUCUGUGAGACUAGUGAAGACGGGCCUGCACAGCAAGAGGAGAGUGUCAGCACAGGCGGUGCAGUAGAUGGACCUGGGAGCAGCCGUAAAAAGCAGCGAACAGUGGACAAUUGCCAGGCCGCAAAACUGGAACUUCUCAAAGCUGCAGUCAGUAGUAUGUCUAGUGUGGCUGCAUCACAUGCGGCAGAUGAAUGUGACGCAUUUGGAGUCAUGAUGGCGAACUGUGUAAGGGCAGUACCAGAGGGGCCACACAGGCAGAUGACUAUGUUUCUCUCCUACCAAGCAGCUAUCAAAUACUCUGUAUCGUUGACUGGUAUGCAUGCACAAACGAUAGAUAUUUUGGAGCCAACAGAUUAA